GUAUAGGGUGGAGAGCUCAGCGGGGCAGCCUCCUCCCUCCCCUGCUCCUCCCCUUGCCUGCUGUGAUUUACUCCUACACAGACCUGCUUGCCACAGUCCACACUUGAGAGCCUGAAUUUGGCAGGAUCUGCCGGGGCCUAAGCAAAAGAAGCGUCCGCCACACCAGGUCAAGCGCAACGAUGCCGAGCUUCACUGGCAGUGCUCUUCGCGGGAACUUCUUCCUGAUGCUUGGCCUGUGGUGGUCCAUCAAAUACCCCAUGAAGUACAUUCUUCUAAAGCUGGAUUCAGGCAACCCGCACAGCCAUUGGAUCCAAUCUAUGGAUAUUAUCGAAGGAACAGUGAAAGCUUUCUUUGCUCUAGGAGGAAUACUGGCUGAGCAGCUGGUCCCGGGCGGACCCCACCUUUCUCUCUACGACAGCGAGACCCAAGACUGGAUCCAGCUGAUGAGCUGGCAGCACAUGACCAUGUACCUCUUCUAUGGCUUUUCUGGAGUGGCGGAUGUCCUCGUCCAUACGUCGCUCAAGUUGCCGGUGGGGCUGGAUCGCCUCCUGUUGGUUCUGGCUUUGUUUGCAGAAGGCUUCCUGUUCCAUUUCCAUGACUACAAGGACGCCGUGUUGACGGAACAUCUCUAUCAUCUCAUGAGCAUUGCUGUGUUUGGAGCUGCCCUCUGUGCCUCACUGGAGGUCUUCCAACGAGAUCACACCCUCCUGGAGCUCUUCAGGGCCAGCCUCUUCAUCCUCCAAGGAUCCUGGUUCUGGCAGAUUGGCUUCGUUCUGUAUCCACCAUGGGGAGGUCCAGGCUGGAAACAAGAGGAGCAUGGAAACAAGAACUUCCUGACCAUGUGCUUCUUUUGGCACUAUGCUGUUGGCCUUCUUGUGAUGGCAGCCAAUGUUUUCAUCAGUCAGCGCUGCAGUAAUGGGCGUGGAGUAAACUAUGGAAACGUCGAAGCAGAACUGGAUGUGGAACUGGACUUGGCAUGCUAUCUAUGGAGGAAGAACAGAACCCCGGACCCUGUCCUCCUACCAGAGAACAUCUCAGAUGAAAAUUGAAGGGUCUCAUUUCCCCCUAUUCUUCAAGAUUUUUUAAAAAAACUGUGAAGUUUCUAGUUCCCAUCUGACAUAAUGGGUGCUCUUUAUAUUAAAAACAAGCAUAGUAAUCAACGGCAAAAGGGGAGAAGCUGUAUCCUCUUAUAUAAGUAUUCACAAAGCACCUCAGCAACUUCCCCAAAAAAUAU